GAAAAUAUUAUUAAGGAGUGUUUCAUGGGGAGAGAAGAGAAAUUGAGAAAGAAGAAGGCAAAGAAUAGAUUCAUGAAGAAUAAAUAUAUGAAAGAAGGAAAGAAACAGAAGACUGUAGAAGAGGAAGUUGAGGAUGUGUCUGACCAAGAGCAGGAAAAAGAAGUUGUGCAGGUGAAACAAGUUAAGAAAGAGAAAAAACAGCAUAAAGAGGAGAAGAAGGAGAAAUCUGAGAAGAAACAAAAAUCAGCAAAGAAAGAAAAAAAAGCUAAAGCAGAAAAAGCUAAGAGUGAAAAGAAAGAUGAAAUUAAAGAUGAAGCUAAAGACGAAGCUAAAGAAGAGACUAAAGUUGAACAAGAGGAGGUUGAUAAAGAAGAUGAAAAGGAACAGAAUGAAAUUAACCAGACUAAAGAAUCCUUGGAUAAGCUUCCUGGCAAUCAAGAGCUUACUGCCUUCCAGCUAGCCGAGAGAAAAACGAGGACUGUUUUUGUUGGAAAUAUCCCUGUUGGAAUGGCUCCUAAGAAGGUGUGGAAAGUGUUCAAAGGAUGUGGAAAGAUAGAGAAGAUCUGGUUCAGAAGUAUUGCUCCUUCUACUAUGGUCACAGACAGAAGAAAUAUCGUGAAAGGAGGAAUGAUAGGCACUCAGAAGAACAACAAAAAUGCCUAUAUCUUAUUCGCAGAGGGAUCUAGUGUUGCUGAAGCUAUCAAACUUAAUGGAUAUGUUGUCCAUAACUCAGAUUUCACAGAGCAAUUUCAUUUAAGAGUGGAUUCUGAAGAGAAGAAAGAUGAUUUCAGCUCAACUAUUUUUGUUGGAAAUCUCCCAUUCAUUAUCAACGAGGAGGAUCUGAGAAGACAUUUUGAAAGACUUGGAACAAUUGUAAACAUCCGUGUUGUCCGAGAUAAUAGAACCUGUGUUGGAACUGGAGUAGCUUUCAUCCAAUUCUCUACUAAAGAAGAAGUUGCUCAAGCUGUAGAGAAAUGUAAAAAUGAGAAGAGAUUUGGAAAAUUUAAAGGAAGAGAACUCCGAGUUAAGAGAGCAGUCUCUACGAAAAAGAGAGAGAAGAAAAUUGAAAAGAAGCUUGAAAAGAAGAGGGAUACUAAGAAUAGAAGAAAAUCUCACGGACCUACUGGACAGACUAGAGAGUUCCAAUCUAAAUUUGUAAAGAGCUUCGAUAGAAGAGAACAAGCAGGUGGACCUAAAGUCUAUAAUGACAUUAGAAUGAAAAAGCAUAGGAGAAAUAAAAUGAUGAAUGAAAUGAUCGAAAACCAGGGAGAGUCCAAGAUCAGAGAAAGAUCUAGGAAAUUUGUCACAAAGAAAGUUGACUUCAGAGGCAAAAGAAAACAAAGGAGAGAAGACCGUAAGGAGAUGAACACUCGUAACAUGAAAAAGACGGUCAAGAGAAGUGAAAUGUAGUCUAUA